AUGUUGAAUAAAAGGAAUAUAUUGAGUUUAGCAACUUUAAUAGUAGGAGCUUCAGCUAGUGGAAUAUUUAGACAAUUUGGGGAUAAACUAACUCAAAAAACAAAUCCAUGUCAUAUUACUUGUCCAAGAGAAUAUGCACCAGUAUGUGCUACAGAUGCAGAAACAUACGAAAAUUUAUGUUUGUUUGGAGUAGCUAGAUGUUUGAAUAAAGAUCUUCAAUUGGUAGCAAAUGUUACAUGUCCAGAUUUACUUAUACACUUAACAUAUUUAGCACAAAGCAGCAUGUUGGAAAGUUUUAAUGCAAUCAACUCAACAUAUCAAGCAGUUGGUAAUUUAACAAAAGGAACAACAGAUGUGAUUUCAUCUGCUUUAGGAUCUGUACCAUUAAUUACAUUACCAAACUUUAAUCUCCCAAUAUUUGGAAUACCUCCAAUUUCAUCACAAUUUGUUAAGACAAGUUCAACUUCUACAACCUCCACAACUACCAUUAAUACUAUAAGUACAACUGAUAGUGCAAUACAGUAG